AUGGCAGAAUCUGGUCACUCGACUUGGGUUAAAUCUGGUGCAAUUCAUCUCAUUUUGGUAGACACAGCGAGACAUGAUGUUGGAGAGAACGUUCGUCUGGAGAAGACGGUUCAAGGUUACAUGGAAGGGAGUCUUCGUUCUUCGGGAAAAGGUACUAGCGUUAAAGGAACGGAAAAAAAGGGACGUGAAAGUCAGAUAAAGAGAGCGAGGGAAUUCGGUGAAGAAGUGUUAGACGAAGAUUUUGAAGGUGAUCCGUACUCUGUCAAUGAUGCUUGUAGUGUAGUAGAUCCAAGGGCAACACAUAGCCGAACUAAACGGGGGGAAAGUCCAAAAGUUUCCUGUAAAGGGAAGCAAAAGACGUCAUCUAAAACGUGGACAAAGCAAGAAUUGAAAACCAUUAAGAGCGCUAAGUCAGAAGCCAGCGAAAUGUCAAUAACAAGAACAGUUAAAAUAGCCAGUGAUCAUGCGAAGUUUAGUGUUACGCACGGAAAGAAUACUUACGAUGUUGACAUUUGCCAUACUCCUUCCUGUUCCUGUCCAGACAAUCGUCCUCGUCCUUACAAGCACAUCUU